GAUCUGCUUCCUGUGGCUCGAUGGCUCAAGGCCGGCCUCCCCACAACCCACAUUCACAUACGCGACCCUUCCUAUAUUCGCCUCUGCCUGAACCUCACGACGCCUCACCUGGCCGCGCUAGAGCCCACCUCCACCUCUACAACUCCGGCGGGGAUGACAUCCCUAGCGACCCCGGCGACCCCAACUCGAGCUGCUCUCGCCAAGGAGGAGCAUGGCGAGGCGCGGUGGUCCAGCGGCAGAUACGCGCUUGCCCAAGCGGAGGCGCGGCGGAAAGAGACACAACGCCCGCGGGUUCGGGUGGCCGAAGAAGGGGCACGCCGCGGCGUGCAGCUUGGUCUCGCCGAACUGGUCCAGGUAGCGGAAGAACUUGAGGACGUGGGCGCCGCUUCACUGCGCCAGGCUCAGCGGCGGCCGGUGCUUCCGCAAGUACUGCCCGAACGUGUUCCAGUCGCGCCGUUUUUGCGCCCCGUACCGGCUCAACGACUGUGGCCCCGAUGCCGCCAUUGCCCACUCCAACGUGGGGCUGUCGGGGUUCGGCAACAUGCCCAUGGAUCAGCUAGCUAGGAAGGAAGAAAAUAAAGCAGCAUACCUCUGUUACUCUGAACUAGCAACAAGAACUGAUCCCAAGCAAAGACCAGGAGUGAAAAAAAGGGGAAACACAAUUGAUUUAUCACUUUCAGGACAAGCUCUUCUAUUCGAUGUUGAGGCAGUCUUUGAUAUUGGCCAGAAUCAUCAUGUUAUAGCAAUAUUUGUGGGCACACUCAUGAAAAUAUAUCGAGAAGAUUACAAGUUCCUCAGUGGAACUUCUGCAUGUCGGUGGUAUAUAAAUGAAAAUGAUAUUCCAGAAAUGAGGACAUCUCAAAGAGGGUAUUAUUUCAGUUCUGAAUUUAAAUUCAGACACCUAUAUCUUAGCCCAAUACUCAUGUUUCGUUAAUUAAUCUGAGUAGUCCAAGGAACAACAUCUCAGAUGCAUAUUACCAAAUGUAUCUCCUACUUGUUCAAAUAUAUUGUUCUGCACAAGUGAUGAAUUCACAGCCUCAGCUAAGCAAUACGGAGUACUAAA